UUUGUCAAUAAAUGUCCACGUAUCCAGACCAAAGUAACUGUUGCUUCCUGGUUCUGUAAACGUGGAGCUCUUUUAAUCUAUCACUACCUCGAUGAGGCUUUAAACCACUCAAAGUCCGCCAGAUCAGAAAAGUCUGCAGCGUUCGAAGAAUGGCAAUGUUCUUACUCGGAAGACGCGUCACCUCGAUCAAACCUAUAUUUUGGGAAACGAUGGCUGCGAUACAGACUUACUGCUCUUCAGUGACCUGUGGCAAAAAGCAUGUCAAUGGAGUGGAUCUGCACUAUGAGCAGACAGGCAAAGGAAAACAUGCUCUGCUGCUGCUUCCUGGGGCACUUGGCAACACUCGGACAGAUUUUGAGCCUCAGUUAAAACAUCUGAAUAAGGAGCGCUUUACAGUUGUGGGGUGGGAUCCCAGAGGAUAUGGAAAAUCCAGACCUCCAGACAGAGACUUCCCGGAGGACUUCUUUGAAAGGGAUGCAAAGGAUGCAGUGGAUCUGAUGAAGGCUUUAGGCUUUGACCGCUUUUCUUUAUUGGGCUGGAGUGAUGGAGGUAUUACGGCAAUGAUUGCAGCAGCCAAAAACACUGACAUGAUCAACAAAUUAGUUGUUUGGGGAGCUAAUGCUUUUGUUUCAAAACAGGACCUGGAACUUUACAACGCUGUCAGAGAUGUGUCCCGAUGGAGCACCAGGAUGAGGAAACCCAUGGAGGAAGUGUAUGGUGCUGAGGAUUUUGCCAAAACAUGGGAAGCCUGGGUGGAAGGAAUUUCAGUGUUUGGAAGAAGACCAGAAGGAAAUAUAUGUAUGGAUCUUCUGCCUUUAAUUAGCUGCCCCACUCUUAUUAUUCAUGGGGAGAAGGACCCCAUGGUGCCUGGCUUCCAUGCUCAGUACCUUCUCAAACACAUCAAAGAAUCUAGGCUGCAUCUGAUGCCAGAAGGAAAACACAAUCUUCACUUGAGAUAUACAGCUGAAUUUAACAAAAUGGUGGAAGACUUUCUUGAAGACUGAUUUUUAAAAUGGACAUUAUCAUUUUGGAGCCUGCAAUAAAUAUGUUUCUGCUUAAUUUCUGUAUGCAAGAAAAUUCACGUUAAAUGUAGAAAUAUAGAAGUAAAGCAAC